AUGGAGCUCAGCACUGGAACGGCGGCAGGUACGGUGGCGCCCAAGAUCUCCGAAAAGCUUUUCCCGCGGGCCGGUGCGCUAGUCAAGCGCCUUGUGGACCUCGCACAGCCUGUUAAGGCGCGCCGAAGGAGCAGAGGAUUGCGGUGGAGCACAGUUCUUCUCACCGACCAAGAUCGCGGGGUUGACCCUGAGAGUACGCAUUCCGCCAUUAUCAAAGCCAUUGCGGGUUCUUUGCGACUCAUGAGCCCUAAGCCCACCACGAGCGCCUUGGCACGGCAGCUCUCACGCGGAGAAUUUUCGUCCUCAUCCACCUUGUUGACUCAAGUGUCGGAGAAUAACUGCCAGGAUCAACGUUUCGCUAGAAAGCGAGAGCCUGGCUUGGAGAAGGGUUUGCCGAUGGUAGACAAGCUGUGUGGAGGCCAAAGUGUCAUUAUUCCAUGGUACAAAACACUAGACAUUGGAUACGCUAAGCUAAUUUCUGCUCACAAUAUAUUGAUGGCUAUGAAUCUUGGCAUCGAUCCAAGCAUAUCCGCUCCUUCAGUCAACAUUGAUCGAGGCAACUUGUCCAACCCUCAGGCCAAACCUGCCAGUACGCCCACGAGCCCCAUCGCACCAACGCCCAUGAACGGGCCAGCCGACGCUGCGGCACUGAUCUGCGAGGGAGCCGCUCCCCCACUAUAUCCUGCUCGAAAGACUGAUCUCCUGCACCUCGCCCACCGUCGCGGCGCACGCUUGAAUCUCGUGCGUAAUGCUCGCGGUUACAGCACAGGACCUCGUCGUCUCGGGCUGCAGGUCCAAAGACGGCGUCAGACCGUGAAACGUCGUCAGUUCCGAGAAGCGGACAGAUCUCAUGGCCGAGGGACAGGUGCCAGGAAAGGUCGGCGUCAGCGCGUCGGAGGCCUGGUGAAAGUAAAAUUACCCUUGUUGAGGCGCGGGUCGGCGCGCUGUGCUCCACCUCGCCGGGACGAAAAGGCACGCCAGAUUCGAACGUCGUGGGAGAGGCGAUAA